AUGACUGAAGAAAUAUUUGGCGAUCAAAAAGUGGCCGUUUAUAGCCUAGCUUUGACAUUCUUUCAAUUACUCUCCGCUGUAGUCUUGGCCUGGUUCGCAAACCGUUCCGUAAAAUUGUCCGCUGAUAAAUGGAUAAUUAUCUGGCUAUUCUAUGAUGCCAUUACCCAUUUUACACUAGAAGCUUCUUACCUUUCCAUGUCAUUCCAUGGCACAGUGGCCAAAUCAGAAGGCUAUAUGGCUGAGUUAUGGAAAGAAUACGGAAAAGCUGAUUCGAGGUGGAUCCAUUUCGACACCGGCUUGAUAUCACUUGAAAUAUUGACUGUAAUGUUUUGUGGUCCUGUCUGCAUUUGGCUCAUUUACGCUAUAGUGAACAACAAGCAUUAUAGGCAUUUCUUGCAAAUUACACUGUGUGUAUGUGAACUCUAUGGAGGAUGGAUGACUUUCGCCCCUGAAUGGAUCACUGGAAGCCCAUCACUGGAUACCAGUAAUGCAUUAUACUUAUGGAUAUACUUGGUAUUCUUCAAUGGCUUGUGGGUAGUCAUUCCUCUAGCUAUGCUGUGGCAGUCAUGGGAAGCCUUAAGGCCUCUUCAAGAGCUAUCUACUAGUAAACGCAGAAAAAAGGCCAACUAA